AUGGCACCUAAUCUUCAGCCACUAUUACUCUUCAUCGCAUGUUUUGGGGUCUUCACUUCUAUUGUUCUUGCAAAAACAGAAAGCCAAGACGUGUCGGCUCUUAAUGAUGCUUAUAAGAGCAUGAACUCUCCAUCAAAACUCAAUGGUUGGUCUUCAAGUGGAGGUGAUCCUUGUGGUGACUCAUGGGAUGGCAUUACUUGCAAGGGCUCUUCUGUUACUGAAAUAAAGGUGUCAGGACGUGGACUUAGUGGAUCUUUAGGGUACCAGCUUGCAAACUUGAAAUCACUCACUUACCUUGAUGUAAGCAAGAAUAAUCUUAACGGAAACUUACCCUAUCAGCUUCCGGAGAAUCUUGUUUAUCUAGAUACCUCUGAGAAUGACUUUAACAGUAAUGUGCCAUAUUCUGUAUCUCUCAUGAACGACCUCACUUACCUGAACUUUGGUCGUAACAACCUCAAUGGUGAACUUAGUGACAUGUUUCAAAAGCUUUCAAAACUUGAAACAAUUGAUCUAUCUUCAAAUCAACUCACAGGAAAGUUACCACAGAGUUUUGCCAAUCUAACUGGACUUAAAACACUGCAUUUGCAAGAAAACCAAUUCAAAGGGUCUAUAAAUGCACUCAGGGACCUCCCUCAAAUAGAUGAUGUAAACGUUGCAAACAAUCAAUUUACUGGUUGGAUACCAAACGAGCUGAAGAGCAUUAGCAACCUUGAAACUGGAGGAAACCGUUGGUCAAGCAGUAGAGCACCCUCACCACCUCCAGGGACUCGCCGUGUAGACAGAAACUCUGGAGGCGUUGGAGUAAACAACAAGGCUCUGACCACAGGACUUAUAGUAGCAGUAUCUACUAUAGGUGGACUCCUUUUCACUGCAGGAGUGAUUGCAUUGUUCGCUAGAAGAAAGAACUCUCAUCAUUCUUCUCACUUUUUCGACGAAGAGAAAGGAGGAGGAACCAACAGAAGCAAACCACUCUUCACACCACAACCCUCUCAGAUGCUUCAUUUUGACUCUACGGAUGACUUAAAAGGACAAAAGACAGUUGAUUCUAACACUUUGACAGAGACAAAGCCUUCUUCUGUUAACAGAACAUCUUCUGUCAGUUUCAAGAACACUCCUAUUUUUCAUCUCAUACCUUCUUAUCAAGUGGUUGCAACACCUGAUCGUUUCUUCAAGCCAGAAGUUAAAGUGUUUACCCUCACGGAGUUGCAGAACUCUGCGUCUUGUUUCUCACCGAAUCGCCUUAUUGGCCAAGGAACUCUUGGACGUGUUUAUAAAGCUAAAUAUGAAGAUGGAAGGAAAUAUGCAGUGAAAGAGAUUGAUUCUUCACUAUUAGGAAAAGGGAAUCAAGAAGAGUUUUCACACAUAGUGUCAAACAUCUCGAGCAUUCACCACCAGAAUAUAGCAGAGCUUGUUGGUUAUUGUUCAGAACAAGGAAGGAACAUGCUUGUUUAUGAUUAUUUCACAAGUGGUUCCCUUAACAGAUUUCUUCACCAGACUGAUGGUUUCAGCAGACCAUUAACUUGGAACACAAGAAUCCGAAUCGCUCUUGGAACUGCUCAAGCUAUAGAGUACCUUCAUGAAGUUUGUUCACCUCCAUUAGUUCACAAGAACAUCAAGUCAUCAAACAUUUUACUAGACAGUGAGCUAACUCCUCAUCUCUCAGACUAUGGCUUGGCAAACUUUCACCAUCGGACAAGUCGGAAUCUUGGAGUUGGAUACAAUGCUCCAGAAUGCGCAGAUCCCAAGGCUUACACAUUAAAGAGCGAUGUCUACAGCUUUGGUGUGGUGAUGCUGGAGCUACUAACUGGUCGAAUGCCUUAUGACAGUGAUAGGCCGAAAGCAGAACAGUCUUUAGUUCUUUGGGUAAAGCCAAAGCUUAAAGAUAUGGACACUCUGGAGGAGAUGGUUGAUCCUGCUUUGUGUGGACUCUACGCUCCAGAAUCUAUCUCGGCAUUCGCUGAUAUAGUUUCCAUCUGUGUAAUGUCGGAGCCGGGGCUUAGGCCACCAAUGUCAAAUGUGGUGGAGUCAUUGAAGAGACUAGUGUAGUCUAGUAGUGCAUCAAGUUGUGUAUGCCCUAGAGAAGAAAAGGAGAGUAAUAACUCUUUGGGAGAUUGAGGCUGGAAACCUGAGAAACUUAUGAUCAAACUCAAGAUGAAGAAGCUAUUGGAUUCAGGUUUGUAUAGAGAGAUUGGUGGAGGAAAAGAGAGAGGCAUAGAUUGUAUUAUUUGUUUUUUUUUUCUGUUUCAGAUCAUAUGAUGUUUAACAUGUAGGUUAUUUUCUUAUACAUUGAGAAAAGGAAAAAGAAAAAACUUAGUGUCACCAAUAACACUAGAUUUGAGUGAGAAUGUGAGAAU